AUGUUGUUCGACGGCAGCAUGUCAAGUUCCUGCGGCACUAGCGCUACUAGCAAAACAGUGCCGCUGUUGGUUUACAACCUCACCACCUUCUACGCUGAGGCCGAUCUGCGUGGGAACGAGGCCCCGCUGGUGGCCACCUCCGUGGUCAUGUUCGCUCUCGCCGUGCUCUUCGUCGUACUCAACAUCUUCAGCCGCCACACCGCCGUUAGCGCCACGCUCAACCCGAGCAUCCGCCUCUUCUUCUCCGCCGCGCUGUCCCUCUUCCUCCCGGCUAUGUCGUACCUCUUCUCCGAGGCCAAGAGGACGAGCGCCGCCAGCAAGCAGGUGGUGGAGGACCUGUCGGUGCGGGCCCGGAUCAUCCUCAUGUGGAUGCUCCUCGUGGAGCUCCUCCGCAAGAAGGUGGAGGCGAUCCUGCUCACCGCCGGCGGCGGCGGCGGCACGGAGGGAUACUCGGCCAUGGUGCAACGCGCCACCGGGGUCGUCUGGCUCGGCGGCCUCGUCUUCUUCAACCUGAGGAGCGCCGGCAAGAAGGCCCUGUAUGGAAUGCUCUGGGUCUUCGUGGCUGCCAAGUUCGUGCAGAGGUCGGUGGCCAUCGAGGUGGGCAAGCGCUCCUUCGCCUACGGCAAGAACCCCCAGGUCGUCGCCGCCUACAUCCGGCCGAUGCUGGAGCUCCAACAGGAGCAGCAUCAUCGUCGUGGCACGGAGCUUCUCAAGCACUGCAACUACGCCGUCAUGGGCGAAGAGGAGUUGAUCGACAAGAACAAGGCCGGCCCCAAGGGCUACAAGCUCGACAGGCACAAACUCGAGCUGGAGCUCGAAGAUGAGACGGCGGCCACAGCCGGCGGCGACUCGUCCGCCAUCGUCACGGUCGGCAGGGUAUGGAGGCUUGCCGACUCCGACGACCCGCUGCUCUCGAGCGAGCCGAGGCUCAAGAGGCUCUGCCUCUCCUUCGCGCUCUUCAAGCUGCUCCGCCGGAGGCUGGAGGGGUACCCCAUCAGCGGCGCCGAGGCCGCCGACUGCCACCGCCUCAUCUUCCAUGGCCUGCUGGAGGAGCCUGCAGGCUCGGGCUACUGCGCCGGCGAGCACGCCUUCCAGGUGUUCACCGACGAGGUCCAAUUCCUGUGCGAGAACUACCACUCCGUGGUCCCCGUGGUGUUCGCCAGCCCCUUCUUCUUCGCGCACAACUACGUGCUGUUCCCCGUGGUAGUCCUGGCGCUGUGCCUCCUCGUGCUCGUCCUCUCCGGCAACGGCGACGUGGCCUACGCCGUGCACAGCCUCCGGUGCGACAACUUCUUCACGUCCGGCAACGUGCUGCCGACGGCGCGGUACGUGCUGGGCAGGGUGCGCAAGUCCACCACGUUCCUCUUCUGCGCCAUCGACCUCUCCACCACCGUCCUGCUCGCCCUCGCCGUCGCCUACGAGGAGGUCUCCGAGUACGUGGUGUUUCUCUUCUCCAACUGGUUCAUGGUGUCGCUGCUGUGCAACCACACCUCCGGCCACGAGUGGCGCGCCGAGGCCGGCGUCCUCCGCCGGGUCAUCCCCGGCGUCCUCCUGGUGAAGAACACCCUUAACCACCCCGCCCUCGCCAUCAAGCAGUUCUCCCUGCUCUGGUUCCUCGGCCGCCUGCCGCUGCCGCCGCCGCUGCCGAGCACGGCCGUCCCCAGCGAGGCCAAGACGCUCAUCAUGGAGCGCCUCGCCAGAGUCGGCAGCCGUGGCGCCGCGCUCACCAACGGCACGGCGGCGCUGUACAAAGACGAGCACCGCGCGUGCGUACGGUCCGACGAGCUCGCGUGGGCGUGCGGCGGCGGCGUCGCUGAGGUGAUGCUGACGUGGCACGUCGCCACGGCGAUGCUGGAGGCGAGGUGCGCGUGGCGGCAGCAGCACGCGCCGCCAGAGCCUGGGCGCACGGCCGCGAUGGCCCUGUCGCGGUACUGCGCCUACCUGGUGGCCUUCCUCCCGGAGCUCCUCCCCGACGAAAAGAACGGGACGGAGGUCCUGUUCAAGGAGAUGAAGAAGGAGCUCACCAAGGAGAUGGGGUGGUGUGGGUACUACGGUGGCGGGGAGGCCGCGUGGUGCGCCAAGCUGAUGGAGAUCGGCGGGCGCCGCUCCACCUCGGCGGGGACGACGAUGACGGUGCUAGAGAAGGGGGCGAGGCUGGGGAAGGUGCUGAUCGGAAAGUACAAGGAUGGCGCCCGGGAGGCCGUGUGGAGGCUGCUGGGCGAGCUGUGGACGGAGGUGGUGGUGUACGCGGCGCCCACGGCCGGCGAGCUGCACGUCAAGUCGCACAAGGAGGUGCUGGCACAGGGCGCUGAGCUCAUCACCGUGCUCUGGGCGAUCACCACCCACACCGGCAUUGCCCGGCCGGAGGAGGAGGAGGAGGAGGAGCAGCAGCAGCAUCCACCUGCUCCGAGUACUGUUUGA